AGUUUGGGAGCUCAUUGUUCCUGGCUGGAUCUUUUGGGAAGACUUCACGUGCUUGGAUAUAUCCCAGUGUAUGUUAAACCAGACCAUACUGCAUGUGGCUUCCAAAUGUCUAGACUUCGACCUCUCUGGAUGUUUAGGAAAGUUUGUUGGCCUUGGAACAAGGGCAAGCCUAUGGUGUGCGAAGCAUUUAAAGAUGUCUACCAUGUCCACUGAGGAAUCUCCUGAAGAAGAGCAUUGCAGUGUUUUCUUUCAGCUGCUUUUGGAUUGCUUAAAUUUCUCAGUUGCAAGCAUUUCAGUCAUGAAUGAACAUUCACUAUCCAGUGAUGAUGAGGCCUUAAUGGUUACAGUUGAAAACUUCGUCUUGGAACAGUUGAAAUUGACAAAAGAGACGAUAGCACAAAUCAAGAGAAUUGAUUCACUUAGCCAAGAGGCACUUAAAGCUGCACAAAUAGUAAUUGAUUCUGUGAUAAGGCUUUGCAAAGAGUAUUCUCAAGCUGUGAAUUGGGACGUGUGUGAUGCAGAACUUGAGAAAGAUAAAGGCAACGGACAACGUAAAGAGACAAAUAUUAGGAAUCAUGUUAUAAGCAUAACAGCAAUUACUGUAGAGAAAUUGUGUGAGCUGGGAAUACUUGCCGCUAAAGAUGGUGGUAAUCUUGUUAGUAUUCUUAAUAUCUCAUGGAAAGGUGUUGUUACAUUGCUUCAGCACGGGAAGUGGGCAUUGGCUGCAAAGGUAAAAGUAGCAGACAUUAUCCUUUCCCUAAUUUCUCUGGUCAAUGAAUCUCUCCAAUAUGCAGCUGAGGCUUGGUCCUCGGAAAAGGAAACUAUAUCUGUAACAGAAGCUAGAAGGACAUUUGUUCCGGUGAAGUUUUACCUUAUAAAUGCAGUCAAAAUAUCCAUGUUUUUCCCAAGGCAAGCAUAUCUUGUAUACAAGGAUAUAACACUCUGUGUCUUGAUGAUUUCAUUCUUGAAGUUUUUACUUAGUCAGGAAAAGCUUUUUAAAAUUGCCAGUGAAAUAAUGACUGAACUCUUAGAAAAAACAUCCAUGGAUUUAGUUAACUCUUUGCUAAAUUCAGUUGAAUUGGAGCAAGACUUGAAACAUGAAAUCUUGGACUGUUUGUUCGUGGAUGAAGGUUGUACAAGGUUGACACAAGGAGAUUCAAGUAAUCCUUACUGGAUACCUUCAUGCAGUGAAAUAUUUUCUGCAAGUUUGAAGGGCAUGACGGAGACAAGAGUAUUGUUGCUUGGUCGAGUUGCAUUAUUUCAUAGUUUCUUGCAAUAUUCUCUUGAGUUUGAAGAAGAUAUGAAACUAGCAAUUGCCACAAAGCUUGGUUGGUUUCUGGACAUAUUAACUGAUGAAAAGGUCUACUCAUGUAUUCUUGUUUCACAAAUUCCUAUGUUCUGUGGUUCUGGAAGAAAUGUGGAAUUUGUAUGGGAGCCAGUAUUUUCAGCUGUUUUGCUUGCUCUAAAAACCUUUAUGCUCGUGAUCUCUUCAAGUCUUGCCUGGGGAGCAUUAGAAAGUUUCCUGCUCAAGAAUUUCUUCCAUCCGCAUUUUCUUUGUUGGGAUAUUGUAAUGGAACUUUGGUGCUUUUUGAUGCGUCAUGCUGAGAUCAACAUGAUGAAUGACAUUAUUCUUAAACUUUGCUCAGUGUUAAAAUCUGUAAUAUCACCAGAAUCAGUUCUCUCUCCUGGUUCUGCUCUCAGAAAAAUGGUGAGAUCUAUAUGCAUGAUUCUUACUUAUGGUACUCCAGCCACAGUGGAUGUUGUUUACAAUUGUGUUGCUGGUGAUGGCCGAAGUCAAUCAUCAACAGAUAUGUGCAUAGCCUUGCUAUUGGAAGGUUUUCCACUAAAUUUGCUGUCAGAAAACAUGAGAAAUAUUGCCACAAAAAGAAUCAUUAAUGAUUAUCUUAACUUCAUCGAGAAUUUUGAUGGGAAGUGUUCAAGUUCCUCCGAUCUUGGAAAUUUUGGUGCUCCAAUUUAUGUGCUAUCGACUUCCUUGCACAGCUUACAGAUCAGUGUAUCUGAUAUUGACAUGAAGACCCUGAAGUUUUUGGUUGCUGUAAUUCAUAAAUUAAAAAAUCCUCCAUCCAAAGUAAUGAAAGACCAUUUUUAUAAGCUUCUGAGUGAAAUAUUAGCCAUCAUCUCAAAUCUUAAUCACCUUUAUCUAUCUGAUGAGAUGGAGGAUGUCAUCUUGGGGCUUCAAAGUCUUUUUAUCUCGGGGCAGGUGUCAGGUUACAGUGAAUUGCAUGGAUGCAAAUCAGAUCUGGCUCUCUUCUUGGCAGGACUUUCUCACAUGCAGAUCUCGGAAAGUGAUGGUUGUCCAAGGAGCUCUGCUGUGUGGGAGUUGUAUCACAUACUUUUGAGAGAGAGACAUUGGCUACUUGUUCAUUUAGCUGUUACAGCAUUUGGAUAUUUUUGUGCCCGUACCACAUGUAAUCAGCUAUGGAGAUUUGUGCCACAGGAUGCAGCCCUUGCUUAUGAUCAUAUAUCGGGGAAUGAGGCAAACGAGGAGAGAUUCAUGGCUGAGUUGAAGAUAUUCCUUGAGAAGGAGCUGGCUCUUCUUUCAGUUGCACCUUGCUCAGAGCAGCUCGUGUUACUUCAGAAGGAAGGUCUCGUUCUCAAAGAAAUGUUACAAAAAUGUUCAAGUAGCUGUAUAGAGGUUGAAGACUGUCAAAGUAUGGAGAUUGAUGGUAAAUCGAUCCAACAGAGAAGAAAACUUCCUGAUGAAAUUAGCAAGGGGGUUGAGUUGCUCCAAAAUGGUAUGAAGGCUAUUAGCGAUGGGCUCUCCCAAUGGAAACUAAGUCAUCUUGAGAGUGUUGAACUUCGUAACAAGUUCUUGACCCAGUUUUCUUGCCUUGAGGAUGUGAUUAGUCACUUAGUAGGCCUAACUAAUAGCCACUAAGCUGAGGUUCGCAUCAAAAACGUCUAAGGUAUGGUAAUAUUGAUUUUAAAUAGUACAGGUUCCAGUGGAGUUUAGCUGCGGGGCUGAAUAUAAAUGCACAGGAGGUAAUCCUUCCUUUUGGUUAUGGUUCUACUUCAGUGAACUAGCCUGAUGUUCUGUGAAGUGGUUCCAGUUUUGCAUGUUGCACAGUAUAUUCUACAUUGAACUUGGUUUCUGAAAGGGGGGAGGGGAAUUACUAGAGGAUUUUUCAGGACUCUUGUAAGUGAUAUGCAAGGGACGGAAGUACUUUGCCAUGUCUACAUAUAGUUGAUGCUGUUUCUGUUGGAGGGAAGAGAAUGUUGUCAUGAUGUGGCAGUUAAUCCCUUUAUAUGCUGUUUACCUGGAGCAUUACCUAUCAAUAAAAGUAUAAUAAAUAUGAAGAGGCAUGGUAAGUAAUGCUAGUGGAACACCUGAAGAGCUAAUUUGCCCAUUCAUAGCUAGGGCCUGGGAGUACAGAGACAUGUUAGACGUUUUGGACGCAAAGGAAAA